CCGACCAUGAAUCUUCGAGAGGUUCCGUGGCACGUAUUGUCCUGUCCGAGACACUGGGAGUUGUGGGAGCAAAUAUCCUUGCGAUCCUCGAACCCCCUAAAUUUGACGUAGAGCAAGGGAAGCAGCAGGAGAUAUCUACACUAUGUAUGGAUGUCAUUCGGAAUACCCUAGCGCUUGAGUGCCAGUCUCUCAAGAGUGAUUAUGAAGUCAUCUUGCGGCAGAACACUCUCCAGCACGGGGUAAGUACAUAUUCGUCCACUAUCUGGGACGCGGUAGUAGCCCAUCUCCAUGAAGACAACCUGCCUCUCUCCACGUCGGCUCUACUCGGUAUACUGCCCCUAGUUGGCCUGGAGAAAUUCCCUACGAGGGGUGAUGCCAGCCAAGAGAAGACUCACUUCAACGUGAUCUAUGGACACCUUACUCAUCUAUCGUGUCAAAUAAUUGAGCGCCUCGCGGACUUUAAGCCCGAACACCUUGAUGAACUUUUCAAGAGCCAGGACACAAGCAGCGCUCUGAUUUCCGCACUUUUUGCCGCCGACCUCAACACCUAUCAAGCUGCUGUCGACCUUAUCAAGAACGUCAGCGGUCAGUCCGCCAGAAGAGAUGCGAUCUCCCAUCUACUGCAGGCGUUCUUCUCGACAACCAUGUACGGUCUCAGUUGGUCUUUCCGCCGGAUAUCGAAUAUGAAAACGUUUGCCUCGGCUCCUCGAAUGUUACACACGGGAACGGACAUUGUGGAUAUUCUUUGUGACAGCCAGAACGGCAUGCUCCGAACCCGCAAACUUGCUGAACGGAGGGAGGUCCUUUCGCUGCAGAAGCUCUGGGAAUACUUGUGGCAGGCUUUGACUACUAUAUUCGAUCAGACAGAAUCCUGGCAUCUUCGUGGUAACGACCGAUCCGUCAUGCUGGAGUUCUGUCGGGAUAGUAUCCAGUUCGCCGAUCUAUUAUUCGACCAGUAUGGCGUCUUCUUAAGUGCUGUUGGUGACGCAGACCCGAACUCGGAACCCUCCGCGCGCGAGAGUUUCCUCAAGUCCCCAAGCACGACGAUGAGUGCAAUGGUUAGAUGGCUUCGACUUAAGGAUGAAUAUCUAGCCACUACGCUAGUGGGACUGGUGUCUAAACUUCUUCGGCGUUUGGGCGAACUCAGUGUUACCGCCGUCAAAGAUGAUGCUCUGAAGUUUAUCGAGAGCGUCGCCGUCACUUCGACCACGAAGACGAUCUUGACCUUGCGGGAGAAGGCAGAACUUGUUCGGGCUUUAGAGGCGUACUAUAAGAAACCCGUAGUAACCGCGUCGACCGCUAGUUUCAAGAAGCAGAGCAGCAUCACUGCAUUUGCCAAGCCCUCGGACGCUUCGGGUACCUCUGGUCCCUCGAAGACGGCGGAUGAAUAUGACGACGAUUUGCCGGAUGAUGUCCUGAUGCAGCUGUCUCGGUCUGUCGAGCUCAAUAAAGCACGGGUUGCCGCAGAGGCCAAAAAGAAGGCCGAGAAAGCCAAGGCACUUCCCGCGAUUCCUAAACCUACACCGGCACCUGUGAACCCUGCCCUGACUGUCCAAUCUUUCCGUGAGAAGCGAGAGAAGGAAAGAGAGGAGAAGAAGAAGCGCGACCUGGCGGCGCUGGCCCGCUAUAAGAAGAACCUCGGCGCGUCUGGCGUUGCUGAGCAAACCGCCGAACAAGGAUCCGGAUUGAGUGGCAUCGGGGUUAAGGGUAAAGACCACAGCCAUCCCGUGGAUAGCAUGAUGGUCUCCUCUGGAUCGGAAUCCGAAUCUGAGAGCGAGGACGAGCUCGACAAGGAGCUCUUUGGCGCGAAAACGAAAAGCAAACCCGACGCCGUCAGAGCGUACGAGGAAAGCAAACGGCUGGCGCUUAAGCACCAGGGCCCGGUCAAGAAGGUCCGGCAAGUGCGCUCGGCGAAGGACAUGCGAGCGCGAUUGGCACCGGAUCUGUCAUCGCUGCAUCGGACCAUCCUCGCCUGGGACUUUUUCGCAAACGGCGAUCUGCCGCCGAACUCUGGGCGGACGGACUACAGCUUGGUUUCCAACGCGUUCAGGGAUCCUAUUGAGUAUCAAAAAACGUUCGAGCCUCUUUUGAUCUUGGAAGCUUGGCAGGGGUUCCAGUCAUCAAAGGAAGAGAAUUCGUUCAAAACAUUUGAAAUCAAGGUCGCCACUCGUCUGUCCGUGGAUUCGUUUGUUGAAGUUAGCACGGUUCUCCCGGCCAUGGAGGCCAAGGACUACGGUCUGGGCGAGGCAGAUAUCGUUCUUCUGUCAAAGGCAGAGGCCCCGACUUCGAACGCGUCCGCUCCUCAUUGUCUGGCUAGAGUUUCCGGGAUCAACAGGAAGAAGGGCACUGUUGAGGUGUCUUACCGAGUCAAUCCUGGAAACGCCUUCAUCAAUGCCCUUGCUCCGGGUGCAACAAUUCAUGGUGCGAAAAUUACAUCUUUAACGCCGCUUGAGCGUGAAUACGGCGCGCUUAUGGCCCUACAAUAUUAUGACCUUUGCGAAGAGAUCGUGAAGGCCAAGCCAUCGCCCCUUCUUAAUUACUCCGACGCCAGUCUAAAACCCAUCGCGGAUAACUAUAACGUGAACUCGGCCCAAGCUAAAGCAAUCAAGUCCGCUCUGGACAAUGACGCUUUCACCCUCAUUCAAGGUCCUCCGGGAUCCGGAAAGACAAAGACCAUCGUUGCCCUUGUGGGUGCUCUCCUUACCAAUGUCCUCGGUGACCAGGGCGUAGCAAUUUCACGGCCGACGGCCAUCCGCGGCGCACGACCCCCGGCAAGGACCACUACGUCAAAGAAGCUACUUGUGUGUGCGCCCAGUAACGCAGCCGUUGACGAAUUGGUCAUGCGAUUUAAGGAAGGUGUUAAAACAGUGCACGGGCGGCAGGAGAAGUUGUCGGUUAUCCGAUUGGGAAGAAGCGAUGCUAUCAACGCGAAUGUUCUUGACGUGACCCUGGAUGAGCUUGUCAACGCGAGACUGAACUCGAGUUCCCGCAAAGACUCCGGCGAAGUUGACCUCCAGAAAAUCUACAUGGAGCACAAGUCCGCCGAUACCGCCUUCAAGGAAACGCGCUCGAGACUCGACCAAUGCAGAGCGCAAGGCCUUCCUAUUCCGGCCGAGCUGGAACGGGAGUUUGAUUUGCUCAAGAAGAAGAAGACCCAGCUGAGCCAGCAGAUUGACAAUGCCAGAGACAAGAACCAUUCAGCGGCGCGUGAUGCCGACUUGAACCGGCGACGGAUCCAGCAGGAGAUCAUUGACGGUGCCCACGUCAUUUGUGCGACACUGAGUGGAAGUGGUCACGAAAUGUUCCAGAAUCUGAGCAUUGAGUUUGAGACGGUCGUUAUCGAUGAGGCGGCACAGUCAAUCGAAUUGAGUGCCCUCAUCCCGCUGAAGUACGGCUGCUCUAAAUGUAUCCUGGUCGGUGAUCCCAAACAGUUGCCGCCCACUGUCUUAUCGACAGUCGCUUCGAAAUUCCAGUACGAACAAAGUUUGUUUGUCCGAAUGCAGGCCAACCACCCGCGCGAUGUACAUCUCUUGGACAUCCAGUACCGUAUGCAUCCGCAGAUCAGUGCUUUCCCGAGUGCUGCCUUCUACGACAGCAAACUGCAGGAUGGUCCGGACAUGGCUAAGCUUCGGACGCGUCCGUGGCAUCAAAGCCAGCUUCUCAGCCCGUACCGAUUUUUCGAUGUGCAGGGUCUUCAUCAGAGCGCAGCUAGGGGCCACUCACUGGUCAACUUGGCUGAAUUGAGGGUCGCGAUGCAAUUAUACGAACGUCUGAUGAGCGACUUCCAGGGCUACGAUUUCGCUGGAAAGAUUGGCAUUAUCACGCCUUACAAGGGUCAACUGCGGGAGUUGAAAACGCAUUUUGCGGCCCGAUACGGCAAUGCCAUCUUCAAUAUGAUCGACUUCAAUACCACCGACGCUUUCCAGGGUCGAGAGAGUGAGGUCAUUAUCUUCUCCUGCGUUCGAUCUUCCAACAAGGGAAUUGGUUUCUUGUCCGACAUUCGUCGUAUGAACGUCGGUUUGACGCGUGCUAAAUCGUCUCUCUGGGUUCUCGGUAACUCUCAGUCCCUGGUGCAGGGUGAGUUCUGGAAUCGUUUGAUCAAGGAUGCCCGCCGAAGGAACGUCUACACAGAUGGCGACGUCUUGAAGAUUCUUCAACAGCCUCAGUUCACCGGCUAUAACAACGUCGAGAUGAUGGACAUUGACGCUCCGGGGUCGAAGACCCCAACUGGGGUGGCAUCGGUGGGAUCUGUCUCUCGACCAUCCUCCGUCUCCCUCGAUAAUCUUCCCUCUGACUCCCCCUCGGUGUCAGCCUCCGGAAGAGGCACGCCGCCCAUGCCACUCCCAGAAGGUCCGUCGGGAGGCCACAAUGGCUUGGAUGAGACUCGCAUGUGCGGUAAAUGUGGCAGCUUUUCCCACAUGACCCACAACUGCGACAAUAUUGAGGCAAGGGAAGCAACUCAAAGCACGUGCUUCAGGUGCGGGCAGUCGGGACAUACACGUAUCAUGUGCACGGCAGAGCGAUGUGUGCAAUGUGGCCAUGUCGGACAUCUCGCCGCCUCCUGCACGUCGGCCAAGCCUCUGUCCAAGUUCGAAAAGGGGAAGAUUGCGCGGGAGGAGAAUAGCCUGGCUCAUAUGCAGAAGCAAAGAGCCGAACGCCAGCGUGCCAAGCAGCUCGGGGGCCAUGACCCCAAAGUUCCGUCGAUUCAGGUGACCACGGGCUCGGAGACCAAUAAAUCGAUCGAGCCGCGCAAAUCGGUCGAUUCCAGCAAAGGCUCGAUCAAACGCAAGCGUACCAAUUCGCCACCUGCUGAUGCCCCGACUGGUCCCAAACGCAGGGGCGAUCCAAAUGCUCCGCCGAGUGCCCCUAAGGGUCUACGGCGCGGUAAGCUCGAUGCCAAUAUUCCAACUAAGCCCGAUGGUCUGGGACUGGUCAAACCAUCUCGGGAUGGGCCGGCAUAUGCCCCUAUGAAGCAGAAGAAAUCUGCACCUCCAAGCGGCCCAGAGGUAGGCUCCGCAUCGACAGAUGCUCCACGGCAGCCACCACGCCCAGGCAACGGAGUCAGACCUCCGCCUCCUCCCAUGAGGCGUAAAAAGAAAGAUGCCGAUCCGUUUAUUAGGCCGAAGAGAAAGUAGAUUCAUGAGCGUCUGCCGUUGUGAUACCGGACCGGACAUAUCUACUAUACACCUUUUCCCUGCUUUUACUUUCGUCUCAGGGGUUGUAGGUUGAAAGGUCAGAUGACCUACUGACUUACGUAUGACACGCUGACUUUUUUCUUUUUCUUCUCCAUACAUCUGUCUGUCUGUCUGAGCGUCUUGAAUCUUUGGGACUUACCUCCCUCUUUCUCAUGUGAUCCCUACUCGUUCAUUUCUUCGCAUUUUCUUCGUUCUACCAUAUAUGUCAUACUACCUUUUCUAUAUGUAUCCUUUUUCUUUCCCCGUCUGCCCUGUACUAUUUUCCUACUUACACAACACAUCACCUACCCUUUAUUUUGGUCUGCUUGUAAGGCUUUAUCUAUCAGGAGGGUUCUGAUGUUUUCGAAGACAGGACAGGACAGGACACGAAGACUAAAAGCAUUACGAGGCGUUUUGUUUAUUCCCAUCUUCUACUGUUUGUAUGUGGACGGUCGAGAAAUUUCUUAGAUGGUGAGGUGGUACUGGUGGAUCUUUCUUUCAUCUCUUUUGAGUUUUCUUUUUGAUCGAUGGAUACAUGGAUUUCAGGUGGGUGGAUGAGUGGGUGGGUGUAUCAUUAGAUUUUUUGUGAAUACAUUGAGUUGGCUAGGUACGUACUUACUUUACAUACAUAUAUGUUGUGUCAAUUUACUUACCUACUUGGUUGGAUAUAUCUGCUUCAGCUAGU